AUGAAACGAGUAAUAAUAUUAAUAGGGUUCAUCUGCUUGUUUUUUUGUAAUGCAAAUGAAGACGACGAUUUGUUACUAGGAUUAGAAAUCAUGAAAGAAGAGGAUGCCAUAAAUAUAAAGUAUAAACCUCAAAUUUUUGCAGAAAAUAAACUAAAUACAAAAUCUCAAUAAUCAAGUAAGGGCCAUUAAGAAUAAGAAUCAAAGUCGGAUAAGGGUGAAGACUAAAAUUCCAAUGAAAAAUCAGAUUAAAAGGGUAAAAGUGAUGAAGAAGAAUAAUAAUAACGAGAUGAAUAAAAAAGUAAAAGUUCAAAGAGCGAUGAUGGUGACUAGAAUGAUAAUUCAAAAGGAACUAAAGAUGAGGAGAAAUCUUAAAAUGAAAAUAAAAACAAAUAAUAAAACAAUCAUAUGUCUUAAGAUGAUAAUGAAACAGAAAACGAAUCCAAAAAAAACAAAAACUCUAAUAAGAACAAUUCUGAGGAUAAUGACGAUGAAAAUAAAGGAGAGGAUAGCAAUGUAGUUUAUGAUAAUCAAGAAGGAGCAGGUGGAGAAGAUGAAUAAUAAUUUGAAGAAGUGAAUUGGGACGAGGGAGGCGAAGAUGGUGGUGAAGGAAAUUAAAAUUAGGAUGAACAAUAUCAAGAUGAAUAAGGCGAAAAAAUAAUAGAAAAUUUGUCUGAUGAAGAUUUAGGAAAAGUUGUAAGAGAAUUAUUGAGAGGAGAUGGAUAUAGGGGAGAAUACUUGUUUGAAGAUGAUACAAAAUCUACAAAGCCUAAGAAAGCUAAUUUAGAAUAAAAUGUUGAUGAUGUUUGCUUCUAUGCUUAUGAAGAAUGUAAUUAUUAAGGAAGAGCCAUAAGACUUUGUGGUAGAUUUCCCACAAUUCCUCCUCAAUUAUCAAGAAUGACUGUAAGAUCAAUCUAGAUUCCAAGACACACAAGGAUAGAAUUCUAUUCUUCCCCUGAUUUUAAGGGGGAAAUGCAAUCUUUUAUCGGGUCAAAUAGAUGUCUUAUUAAUCCCUUCACAAUAAAUAAUCUAAGUGGAGGAAUAUUUGCUUAUUGA